AUGCACAAAGCCAAAUGCCUCCUGACUCUGCAGCAGAGUGAAGUGGACCCGCAGCAUCAUUACAAGCCAGGAGAUUAUAUCAUUAGCGGCAUAGUCUCUGCAAUGGAUGCUCGGUUUCAAUUAUUAAGCUUUGCUGGAAGCCCUUCAACAAAAUUCUCACAAAAAUCACCAAAGCUUUAUUGGAAAUUUAUGCCCUUCCUUUUUGCUAUUGAGGACAUCAACCGGGAUGACCACCUCUUACCCAACAUCACCCUGGGUUAUAAUAUCUAUGAGAACUUCUUCAAGGUAGAGAUGACUACAGAUCCUUUGCUGGACCUGCUUUCAGAUGGGGAGGCCAAUGUGCCCAACUACAGGUGUGGAAGGCAGAGAAACACAGUGGCUGUUCUGGAAGACGUGGAGACUGGCAUCUCCAUCCAGAUGUCAACCUUGUUGGGCACUUACAAAAUCCCCCAGAUCAGUUAUAAUUUGGCUUCCAUGACUCUGAUGGAUAAAACUCAUUUUCCUUUCUUCUACCCAAUGCUCCCUACUGAAGGAAUUGAAUACCCAGGGAUCACCCAGCUUCUUCUCUACUUCAAGUGGACCUUGGUUGGUCUCAUCGCUCCAGAAACCGACCAGGGGGAGAGGUUCAUGAGGACAAUGUCUUCUUUGAUGUUAAGGAACGGGAUUUGUGCAGUUCUAUAUCAAAGCUUUACACUGAAUUUUGCAGAUAUGACUUUCAAUUCAGAUGAAUAUUACAAAUGGGUAAAAGUCAAUGUCUUUGUUUAUGGCUCAGAGACUAGUUCGUUCUUGAUAGGAAUGAGAAUUAUAGAUGCGAUCCUUACCCAUCUUUCGAAACAUGUUGUAGGUAAAGUCUGGAUCAACACAGCUCAGUGGGUUUUUAGUCUUGAUUUUAUGUUUAACGUGUAUUCCUUGAAACACAUUGGUGCUUUUUUUUCCUUUCUGAUAAAGGAAAGGAAAUGGGCAAGCCGUGGUGCUUUUGGUAUCUUUAUUGACUUCCUAGUUGAUUUUUUGGAGAAAACUUUUAGAUGUUCAUCCCCCAAGGACGCCUUUUCAGUAAAAGUCUGGAGACGGUGCAGACAGAGAGAAGAACUUGUGUCUCUGAGGAAGGAGGAGAUAGAUCAGAUCCUGACCCUGGACAGCUACCUCAUCUACAACACCAUCUGGGCUGUUGGGAGGGCCUUAAAUUCAGCUUACAUAUCCACAUCCAAGAGAUCAGUGAGGAACAGAAGUAUGAAGAUGGAUGCUCCAAGGCUGAAGACUUGGCAGCCCUUGCCACCCUCUACAUGUGUGGAAAGCUGUCGUCCUGGGUUUAAGAAAGUACCUCAAGAAGGGGAGCCCAUUUGCUGCUACGACUGUCAUCGUUGUGCAGAAGGAACCAUCUCCGCCAUAGAAGAUGCUGAAAAAUGCACCGAAUGUCCUGCAGAUCAACAUCCAAACAUCAACCAAGAUGAAUGUAUACCUAAGACAGAAACUUUCCUAUCCUUUCGAGAAAAUUUGGGGAUCAGCCUAGCUUCUCUUGCCUCUUUCCUCUCUUUAGUAACAGGUUUCGUCUUGGGAAUCUUCAUUAAAUUCCGAGAAACUCCCAUCGUCAGAGCCAAUAAUCGGGACCUUUCCUACAUCCUCCUCAUCUCCCUCCUGCUUUCCUUCUUGACAUCGUUCUUAUUCAUUGGCCAGCCGAGGAAAGCCACUUGUCUUCUCCAACAAACAGCCUUCAGCAACAUCUUCACAGUUGCCAUUUCUACAGUCUUGGCCAAAACAGUCACUGUGGUAUUAGCUUUCUUUGCCACAAAACCAGGGAAUAAUUUGCAAAGAUGGUUAGGGAAGACCUUGUCCAAUUCUAUCAUCCUUUCAUGUUCUGGUGUCCAAGUUCUCCUCGGCAGCAUCUGUGUCUGGAUAUCCUUCGUUCCCACUUACCUCAGCACCAAGGGGAAGUAUAUGGUGGCUGUGCAGGUCUUCUCCAUCUUGGCCUCCAGUACUGGCCUGCUAGGCUGCAUCUUCAUCCCCAAGUGCUACAUUAUCUUUUUAAGACCAUCACUGAAUACAAAAGAACAUUUGAUGUCAAAAUAA